GCUCUAAAAGAAACCACCUCGCAUCUAAGUUUUAUAAAACUAGUGGGGGUGUGCGAAGGUAGGCUCAAGCGUUGAUUCUGCUCGUUUAGCUAGCCCGCCUCUGACGCUGCAUUAUGGAGGGAGUAGGCUUGUAGCUAGCCCGCCUCUGCACGCUAUAUUUCAAGGAAUCAGAGAUCCAUACAGACAGAGACGUUCAGCCAUCAGACCUGCAGAGGCAAUCCAUCCAUGGCAUCUAUCGUUCCUGUACUCCUGCGCCUGCUGCUCCUGCUGCUCCCGCUUCCCCUGAUCCGAGACCACCUCUGGCCGAGCCACCGCCGGCCAACGCCGCAGGACGAUGCGGGUGAGCUCCACCCGAUCUUCCUGGUGCCCGGGGCGAGCUGCAGCGACCUGGAGGCGCGGCUCACCGAGGCGUACCGGCCGUCGACGGCGCACUGCGGCGCGAUGAAGGGGAAGGGAUGGUUUGGGCUGUGGGAGAACAACACGGAGCUGCUGGUCCACGACUACGCGGACUGCUCACUGGAGCAGAUGACCCUGGUCUACGACCCCGCCGCCAACGAGUACCGGAACCUGCCCGGCGUCGAGACCCGGGUGCCCAACUUCGGCUCCGCAUGGUCGUUCGGCUACAAGAACCCUGUUAACCGUCUACAGAGAGCACAAUGCCUUGGAAAGCUCAGAGACUGGCUGGAAGAAUUGGGAUACCGUGAUGGGGACACCAUGUUCGGAGCUCCCUAUGAUUUUCGCUACGCCCCGCCGGUACCCGGCCAAACAUCCGAGGUGUACUCUCGCUACUUCAGCGAGUUCAUGGCGCUCGUCGAGGCAGCGACCAAGAAGAAGCAGAAGAAGGCCGUCAUCCUGGGGCACAGCUACGGAGGGAUGGUCGCGCUCGAGUUCGUCAGGAGCACCCCGCGGGCGUGGCGGGACGCGCACAUCGAGCGCCUCGUCCUGGUCGCGCCUACGCUCCAAGAUGGGUUCGUAGGCUCGGUGAUGAAGUUCAUCACGGGGACGGGCAUAAUUUUCGUCCCGACAGCCACGUCCACGAGGCCCAUGUGGAGGAGCUUCGAGUCCGCCAUGGCGAGCUUCCCGUCCCCGGCCGUGUUCGGCCGCGAGCCGCUCGUGGUCACCAAGAGGAGGGACUACUCCGCGUGCGACAUGGAGGAUCUCCUAGCCGCCCUCGGCUUCGGCGAGGGCGUCGAGCCUUUCCGGCGACGGGCCGUCCCCAGGAUGUACAGCCUCGAGGCGCCGAUGGUGCCCAUGACGUGCAUCAACGCGGUGGGCAACAAGACGCCGCUGCAACUGGUGUUGUGGGACGACGACGACGAUGACUUAUUAGACGCGUCACCGGAGGUGGCAGCGUAUGGUGACGGAGACGGCGAGAUCAACCUGAUCAGCAUGUUGGCGUUUGACACGGAGAUGGGUCGGCAGCCAGGACAGGAGAAGCGAUUCAAAUCCGUCAAGAUAGCUAAUGCUAACCAUUCCACGAUUGCCAUUUAUGAUUUUGCACUAAAGAGGAUCAUUCAAGAAAUUAUUGAGGUGAAUCAGGUACGUUAGUAGACACUCCGUACGUUGGGUUUCACGUAUAUAUGUUGGGUUUCACUGUGCGCGGUAAUCAUAUAUAUCACGUGUGGAAUUCUGUGUAAUAAAUGAAUCCCAUGCAGCUUUGUGUAUACCGAUGGGUUGGUUGGUAAAUAAAAACCAAAAAUUACUGCUCCCACCAUCCCAAAUCAGAAGGUAUAUAUCAUUAAUUUA